AAUAGGAGGAGGUGUUGGAAAGCAUAAAUCAAGGAAAAGAAGAAGUUAUGAAUAGUAGAAUACAGCUCCUCCUCUAAGUAAUGAUUAUCUAAUUGUAAAGCAACCACUUUGGAUGCCCAAAUUCAUUAAACUAACACAAAAAAGUUAUGAAAAAUUACAAUCCCCAUUUUCUUCAUUACUUGCUCAACCUGUGAUCAAUAUUCAUUCAUUCAUUCAUUCAUUCAUUCACAAAAUGCCUUCAAGACAAAUACCUUCUACAACAAGUUCCAAUUUUUUCACCAAACCCAAGUUCAUAUUCAUAGCACUCACCAUUUCAGCUUCUGUUGUGAUUUUCUUCUCAAUCCUUUACUUCCUUUACCAUCUUUGGCAUUCUCUUGUACACAGAGCCAAGACCAUCCCUUUUGAUGCUAGUGCUCCUUUGAAGCUCCAAAGAUUCUCCUACAAAGACUUAAAGCUAGCCACCAAUGCCUUUGACACUUCCAAUAUCAUUGGCAAAGGUGGUUCUGGUACUGUUUUCAAGGGUCUACUUAAAGAUGGAAAAUUUAUUGCCAUCAAACGCUUGGACUCAUUGUCUUUGCAAUCAGAGAGAGAGUUUCAAAAUGAGUUGCAGAUUCUUGGAGGGUUGAGAUCACCCUUUUUGGUGACCCUUUUGGGCUAUUGUGUUGAAAAGAAUAAGAGAAUUUUGGUGUAUGAGUAUAUGCCUAACACAAGCUUGCAAGAUUCACUCUUUGGUGAUGAGUGUUUUGGUUUGAGUUGGGAAAGAAGGUUUUGCAUAAUAAUGGAUGUUGCUAGAGCAUUGGAGUUUUUGCACCUUGGAUGUGAUCCACCUGUGAUUCAUGGUGAUAUUAAGCCAAGCAAUGUGUUGCUUGAUGCUGAGUACCGCGGGAAGAUCUCGGAUUUUGGUUUGUCAAGGAUUAAGGUGGAGGGUGAAUUUGGAGCUGACUUGUUUAGCCAGGAUUUGGGGAAGAGUCAAGAUCUUUGGAAAAGCCAAGACCUUUCAGGUAAUUUGACUGCAGAAACUCCUGUAAUUGGCACUCCUGUUGAGAGUGUUAGUGAAGUUGAUUUUGCUCUUGCUUUGCAAGCUUCUUCUUCAUCCAAAAAUAGUAAGACUUGUUUAAAUGUUAAAGCUUUGAACUUGAACUCUUUGAAUUAUAAUGCCAAUAUUGUUGGUGAAAGUGAAAGUAGGACUAGUGUAAAUACAAAGGGUAAGGAAAUUUCAAGUUUGGAUAUAGGAGGAGGAAGGGAUGAUUGGAAUAAUAAUAAUAAUAUGUUUGUUCCUUAUGAUGAUGAGUUUUAUAGCACUGAUUAUAGUAAGGAGUUGGCUGUUAAUAAUGCUUCUUGUUUGGUUGAUGAUGAGAAGGACAAUGGGAAACAAUGGGGAAAAGAUUGGUGGUGGAAACAAGAUGGAAGUGGUGAGUUAUGUAGUAAAGACUAUGUCAUGGAGUGGAUUGGAAGUCAGAUUUGUCCAUCAAAUGCUGAUUGGGAUGAUGGUAUUGAUAGUACUAAGAACAACAACAUUCAGGAGAAAUCAGAGUUGGAAAAUUCAAGUCCAAUAGGUAAAACCAGUGAUGCAAUUGCAAAUGGACCACAAUUACAGGUAUCUGUGAUGGAAGAUGCAGAUAAUGGAGUUGUUGAUAUGAAAGAACUGAAGGGAAAGAAAAGCCACAAGAUGAAGAAUAGGAAGAUGCAAGAGUGGUGGAAAGAAGAACAUCUUGCUGAAUUAAGCAAGAAGAAUUCCAACAAGCUGAAAAGUCUUCAAACUAAAUGGAAGAAAGGAUUGAAACUGAUGCCUCAUUUUGGUUUGGGUAGAAGGUUCUAUCUUUGCCGACGUAAUAAGAACUAUGGAGAGGAAGGACAUCAUGAGUGUGAACAAAAUGGUGAGUUUAGCUUCAGAAGAGGUUGGAGGAAAAAAAGCACGCGUUCGAUUGGAAGUGACAUGUGGAGUGGAGAUCUUUUCAGCCGCGAACUCAGCAGCACAACUAGUAUGAGAGGUACACUGUGUUAUGUAGCACCGGAAUAUGGAGGGUGCGGAUUCUUAAUGGAGAAAGCUGAUAUAUACAGUUUUGGAGUUUUGAUUCUUGUAAUUGUGUCAGGUAGAAGACCAUUACAUGUUCUUGCAUCUCCUAUGAAGCUAGAGAAAGCUAACUUAAUUAGCUGGUGUAGACACUUGGCUCAAGCUGGUGGCAGUAACAUUUUAGAACUAGUUGAUGAAAAAUUGAAACAAGAUGAUUACAACAAGGAACAAGCAAGCAUGUGUAUCAACUUGGCACUCACUUGUUUACAGAAAAUUCCAGAGAUGAGGCCAGAUAUUGGAGACAUUGUUAAGAUUUUAAAGGGGGAGAUGGAACUUCCACCACUUCCAUUUGAGUUCUCUCCUUCUCCACCUUCCAGAUUAUACAGCAGAUCAAGGAGAAAACAAAAGACCAAUGUAGAAUAGAUUUUUGUAAUGUUAAAUGUUUCUUGGCAUUAACUACCUUGUUUAUUUGUUUUAUAUUUCUUAAGAAAAUGAAUCUAUAUGUUACAUAUUUAA